CAAGGCUUUGACACGUCUUAUAUCCGAGGCUAAUUAGAUUAGUUUGAUGGUGGAUACAUGAAUACAUCCGGAUCUGUUGAGCACUAGAAAACCGCAACGAAAUGUGUUGUUUUGAUUGAGAAGUAAUUAAAUCUUUAUCAAAGGCUACAGCUUUGAGGCUAUAUACCAAGUACCCAUCUCCAGUACGUACUACUGAGGUCUAGACAUUCUACAACUGAAGAUUGUGUGAUUGGUUCCUUGUAAUUCUUUGAUCUGGUAUAUUGGUAGUAGCGAUUUGACCUUAUUGACCCCCAAGCACGAUGAACAAACCCCCCGCUCCGCUAGAGCUGCAGAGACUGACUGAUAACGGGAGCAGCGUGGGCGGGAUAGCACCGUUGUACACGUCUGUCGAUGUGGCUCAGUCCGAACAUAAAGAGUACCUGACUCAGCAAUCACACACACAGGGCGACUACACAAGCCCUGGAGAAUUGGACCCACCUAAUGAAUAUGAUAUCGUGACAGACAAGCAAAGAGAAAACACAUCGCCAGGCUACCUUCACCAACAAAACAAUGUCUUGUAUGCAGACCAGUUUGCUGCCACGGAAAUGAGACAUGCUACGCUAACUCGAACUGAGCAGAACAGAUACGUCGGCGUCACCACUCUACAGGGAAGUAUGGAUGAACCCAAGGAGACCGAGUGUACUGGUUGCAAUGGUGGACGGUCCUGCUUGUGGAUUACUUUGUGUGCUCUACUCAUUUUUAUUUCGUUGGUUGCUAUAGCAGCACUGGUGUUGGCCGUAAUGAUGAUGCUGCAAGUUAUACCAGUAUGCAACUGUGCCCCAAGUCCUCAAGUUCAGGAAUUAAUGAAUAGAAUCCAAGUUCUUGAAAACAGAGAACUGGUAACUGGUGGCAACAUUUCCUCUCUCUCUCAAAGAUUAGAUACAUUCAAUGUGGUCCCAGCUGUCGAGUCGGCCAUUGCACAGAGGAUCACUAAUAACGGCACCAUCAUAGGCCUGGCCUUCUCUGCAGAGCUGGUCGGCUUCCAACCCUACGCUGACUGUGUGACAGAGGAGGAGAGGGAGUGCACCAUCAGCAAUUUAGGGCUACGUUGUGAAACACCGGACCUGGAAUAUAUUAUGGCCGACAACGCUGCACUCAACUACACGCGUGAUGCUCGAUGUGUUCAAAAACCAUUCUCGACAGAUCAGCAGCAUCUCUCCACAACACUCCUCAUUCAGGGAAACAUCGUCUUCUGCGUGUGCGAGCGUGUGAUCGUUCAAUCUAAUGCAGAUCACCAAGAAGUGAGCUGUGCUCUUCAGAUGACCAGAUGUCGAUCUAAUCGCAAUAUUCCCGUGGAGAUUGUUACCACGUCAAAUGCACAACUUGGAAACUGACGUCUCUAUAAUUAUAUAGAAUUAUAAGUUCUAGCUACUGUAUCAAUUCAUCCCUAUUUAAUAAUUAUUAUAUAUGUACAUCUAUACUAUUUAAUAUGUUUUAUGAAUGUCAUUAUCAAUCAAUGUUGUCCAUAAUAUUAUAGCCAUUACAGCAUAAAUUAUCACAUGACAAUUGUUUAGUGCAAAGUCAAUCAAUUUUCUGCAUGUGUGAAAAAUGGAUUAUUUCUC